UAUGGAAACUGAAUUGUAAUUGCAAUGUUUUUGGAUUGGGGAGUACAGUGGUAUGGUUUUAAUGACAUGAACCUCCACGAACUAAAUACCAAGUUCAACACUUAAGUUAACUAACUUCUGAAUACUUGUCCCAUAAAAACAAACUUAAAUUUAUACCUUUAGUCAAAUAAAAUACAAUAAAUAUGAAUGAGUCAGAAAGGCACAAAAUGAAGAUGGUACACUACCACAUCAAUAGUCCACCUAGAAAUCCCAAAUUAGAGAAUUUGAGAGCACUCCUUAUUGAAAAUCACAACGAAGAAGAUAUGGUGCUUCAAGUAGAUGUUCUUGCACACCAACUUUCUAAGAUACACGCGUCGUACCUGUUCCACCCCAAAGGCUGGCUAGCUCUCAAAGAGAUUUGCACUGUUAUGUCUGCUACUCCAACCCUAAUAGAAUUCAAUUCGUGGAAAGAUUUGGCCAGCGCUCUAGACAUAAGCAACUUUCAAAUAGGGUGUAUAGAAAAUUACAGGAAUGCUGAUUAUACAGAGAACGUGCUCCUUGCUUAUGCGCUUAAGAAAGAUUCUACUUUAGGGAAGCUUGUCGAAGCUUUAAAACAAAUUCAAAGGAUUGAUGCUAUCACUUCAUCACAAAAACAUUUAAAAGCAUUGCGAAUAGAGGCGAUUAAGGAAAAUAUAGAACAUUGCUCUCCAGAUUCAAAUUACACCGACGAUUUCAUUAUUAAACCGGUAGACGCUUUUCUGACAAAUCUACAGGAAAAAGCAUUUAUCACUUUGAAAGACAUUACAUGGGAGCAAAAUAAAAAGACCAAGUUUACCAAUUUUGACGAUGUCACUCUGUCAAAAGUUAUUCCCAAAAGUCAAAACAUUAUUACAGAGAUCGCUGUCCAAUCACAAGCACCAACAUCAAAUAGAAUUAACAAUAAGUGUAGCAAGAAAGUCAUGGUAACGUUUGCAGAUGACGGGGAAAACAUUGCAAGAGACUUGGCUAAAGUAUUUAGAAAAAAGAGAGGAAAUAUUCACCCAAUUGGAGUACUUAUUUUGAACGAUCACAGAAACAAAGUGCUUAGCAAUCCGGAAAACUUUAUCAUUAAUUACUUCCAUAAGAUGGAUUUUAUAAUACCAAUAGUAACUGAAGGAUAUCUUGCCAGGAUUGGAGGAGAACCUGCUAAAAAUUGCAGUACUUUGUCCUCCCUUGACCCCCAAUACAUUGAAUUUAUUCACGACCUGAUAUUAAAAUACUAUGCCAAUAACAAAUGCAAGAACGACAAAAUCCGCACCAUAAUACCAGAAAAUAGUCAUAAAAAGAUCUUACAACAUCCCGAAAUGAAGAAAUACCCUAUGCUGUGGUCGUUCGCUUACGAAAGUGAAUUGGAAGAAUUGGCAAAAAGAAUUUUACAUAUUUAUAACUGAAGCAAUAUAAGUAAAAAUAAUAUA